AUGUCGGAGCCACUAAGAAGCUCUGCUCCUGUCCAACAAGCGGCAGCAAACGCGAGUUCCCAGUCAACCAUCUCCGGCCACCCGCAAGAACAACUUCAGGUCGCCGAAACUGGCACAGAAGAUGAGAGCCUCUAUCCCAAGGGAGUCAGGCUAUGGACGUCUGUUGUGCCACUCUUCACCGUGAGUAUGCUGCAUGGCCUGGACCUGACCAUCCUGGCCGCCGUGGUGCCGACCAUUACCAAUCAUUUCAAGACGGUCGAGGAUAUUGGAUGGUAUUCGUCAUCCUACUCUGUCACGAUGGCCAGCUUCGGAUUUAUGUUUGGGCGGCUGUACACUCUUGUGUCCAAUAAGCGAUUGUACAUGAUAGCGCUGGGUAUCUUUGAGCUGGGAUCACUGCUUUGUACAGUGGCGCCGACCUCCUGGUUCUUCAUUCUGGGGAGGUGUCUCGCUGGCAUUGGGGCUGCGGGGAUACAAUCCGGCUCCCUCAUCAUCCUCACGCAGUGCUUUCCUAGGCAACAGAGACCGAUAUGGAGUUCACUUCUGGGCGCUACGCAGAUGCUUGGCAUCAUCAGUUCUCCAAUUAUCGGCGGUGCUCUCAUCGACCGGAUUAGCUGGCGUGGGUGCUUUGGCAUCAAUUUGCCCAUAGGCGCAGUUGCUGGUCUGCUCAUUGCCUUCGGCUACCAAGACAUCGUUGUCAAUCCUGACUCGCGACUCCCGUUGAAAGAAAAGCUGAACAAGUUCGACCUGUUGGGGACGGUGUUCCUAGUGCCCUCCGUCACCUGUCUUCUUCUGGCGCUGCAAUGGGGUGGGAUCCGUUUCGGUUGGGGCAACCCCCGGAUCAUAGUUCUUCUCGUGCUUUUUGCUUUACUCUUGGCGGCGUUCGCCUGGCGGCAGUAUCGGUUAGGGGAAGCUGCUAUACUACCACCACGCAUAUUGAGAAUGCGGUCAGUCCUAGCCGGGAGUUGGUACUCUGCAUGCGUCAACAGCACACUGGCCGUGACCGAGUAUUAUAUCACCAUCUUUUUCCAAGGAGUGAAAGGCUACACGGCCACUCAAUCGGGUCUCUUGCUUUUGCCAAUGCUUGUAGGCAUGGUCAUAGGAGGGCUAGUCGGUGGAGUGGGUACAAGUCGCAUUGGUUACUAUAACCCUUUCAUGAUUGCCACCACCGUACUAGCCCCAAUCGCUUCGGGUCUACUCACAACGGUGGAACUUGAUGAUCAGCCAACAAAGGUCAUGUGCUUCCUAGGCUUUCUGGGGGUAGCAGUAGGAUUUGGGCUGCAAUCUCCACUUGUAGCCCUCCAGACUAUUAUGAAACCAAAAGACCUGCCCCUGGGUAUUGCAUGCACGGCGUUCGGCUCUACCAUGGGCAAUGCUAUCUGGAUGGUUGUGUCAGCAGCCCUGUUCCAAAACCGGCUUAUUGCCGAGGUUAGUCAGUAUAGCCCGUCAACAAAUGCAACUCUGUUGGGAAGCGCUGGGCUUUCGGGGAUAAGAGAUACUGUAGGGAGCGAUCGACUGAGGGAUGUGCUUCUUGGAUACGACGAAGCUAUCACCCAGACCCUCUAUCUUCCUGUCGCUCUAUGCGUAGCAACAAUCCUGGGCUCUGCAUUUACGGAAUGGCACUCUGUGAAGAAGAAGCAAAGCUAG